AUGUCGGACGAAUUUAGCAAUUUUACUAUUAGUUGUCAAAAAUUUAAAUGUUCAGCUCGUGGUCUUCUAUUACCAUUUGGUAUUGAAGCGUGUAUGUCAAUACAAUUACGGGCAGUAUUAUACUUUAUUUUUUUACUUUAUCUUUUUCUUGGUAUUGCUAUUAUUGCCGAUAUAUUUAUGUCUUCAAUUGAAACUAUAACAUCAAGAAGACGAAAAAUACGUUAUCCUGAUCCCGCAGAACAUGAUAAAUAUUUAACUGUUGAAGUUCGAAUAUGGAAUGAUACAGUCGCAAAUUUAACAUUAAUGGCACUUGGUUCAAGUUCACCUGAAAUUCUUUUAUCAAUUAUUGAAAUAAUUGGCAAUCGUUUUGAAGCUGGAGAGCUUGGCCCUGGAACAAUUGUUGGUUCAGCGGCUUAUAAUUUAUUAAUGAUUUGUGCAUUAUGUAUUUCGGCAAUUAAAGGGCCUGAUACAAGAAGAAUAAAAUUAUAUAGUGUUUUUAUGGUUACAUCAUUUUUUGGCUUUUUUGCUUACAUAUGGAUGUUCAUUGUCUUAUCGAUUAUAUCAAAAGAUGUUGUUGAUCUUUGGGAAGCUGUCAUUACAUUUCUCAUGUUUCCAUUGGUUGUCAUCAUAGCUUUUCUAGCUGAAAAAAACUUCUAUGCUUCAAACAAAAUUGACAUGGAAGAAGAGGAACAAACACUUAUAUUAAGUAUUCUUUAUGUUGUUGUCUUUUUUUUGCCUUUAGCACCACCAGAACAUGAUGAAACUGGCAGUCCACGUAGUUUUCGUAAAGAUGAACUUCUUCAAUUUUUACGUGAUCUUGGUCAAACAACAAAUUUAUCAUUAGAAGAUAAAGCACAGUUAUUUGCAGCUAAAUUAAGUGAAAGUAUGCAUCGAUCACGUAUGCAAUAUCGAAUUCAAGGUUCUCGAAUGCUUACCGGUGGCAAAUCUUUAUUUCUUAAUUUGCCUGACAAACUUCAAGAGAUUUACGAACGAGCUAUCAAACCACAACCAUUUGAUGGGUGUUUUCCGGCCGACCAUCAAGUUGGUGGUCGAAAGGCAACAUUAUCAAAGAUAGAUGUAAUUGAAGAUCCACGUAUCGCUAUACUUGAGUUUGCUUCAUCCAGUUAUGCUGUACUUGAACGUGAGCAGCGUGUAACUAUCGAAGUUGUCAGAUACGGUUUUACGAAUUCCGUUAUUCAUUUUCGACUGGAUACAAUUGAUGGCACAGCAACAGCUGGAGAAGAUUAUGUUAAAUUAUCCGAAGAAUUUAAAAUGGAACGUGGUCAACAAGAAAAACGAAUUACAAUACAUGUUAUUGAUGAUAAUCAAUGGGAACCGGAUGAAACAUUUUUUGUUAAAUUAUCAUUACCUGAAGGUGAAGAAACUCGUGCAAAAUUAGGUUCAAAAACAAUUGCACUCGUAACAAUUAUUAACGAUGAUGAACCGGGUUUUAUUGGAUUUGAAGAGCCAAUUACAUUAGUUAAAGAAAGUGUUGGUAAAGCAGAAAUCAAACUCGUGCGUGUCAAUGGUGCUGACGGUCGUGUCAGUGUACAUUAUCGAACAAAAGAUAUUGAUGCUGUUGCAAUAAGAGACUAUGAACCUGCACAAAGUGAAAUUAUAUUUGAACAUGGUGAAAUAUCAAAAAUAAUUGCUAUACCAAUUACAAAUGAUCUUGAAACAGAAAAAGACGAAAGUUUUGCUGUUGAAUUAUAUGAUCCAACGGGUGGUGCACAAUUAGGCAAACAUAUAAAGACUGUUGUUACAAUAAUUAAUGAUGAUGAUUAUAAAACAAUGGCAAAUCGAAUGGCAUCACUUGUUCAAGUUGAUAUGGAUAAAUUAAGUGUAACAAAAACAUCAUGGGGUCAACAAUUUCGUGAUGCUAUGAAUGUUAAUGGAGGUGAUUUAGAAACGGCUAAAGUUGGUCAUUAUAUAGGUCAUGCACUUGCAUUCUUUUGGAAGGUGCUUUUCGCUUUGGUACCACCUCCAGCAAUAGCUGGUGGUUGGUUAACAUUUUUUGUUUCACUUCUAUUCAUUGCUAUGCUAACAGCUGUUGUUGGUGAUGUAGCGGCUAUAUUUGGUUGUCUAGUUGGAUUAAAAGAUAGUAUAACAGCUAUAUCAUUUGUUGCACUUGGAACAUCAUUACCUGAUACAUUUGCAUCGAUGAUUGCUGCAAAAAAUUCUAAAACAGCUGAUGAUGCUAUUGGUAAUGUAACUGGAUCAAACAGUGUUAAUGUAUUUCUUGGUUUGGGACUUCCAUGGCUUAUUGCUGCUACCUAUUGGGAGUCAAAGAAUCUCCCAUUUACGGUCAAAGCUGGCGAUCUAUCAUUUAGUGUAUUAGUCUUUUCCGUGUGUUGUGUACUUUGUAUGAUUGUACUUAUUCUUCGUCGAUAUUUAGGCGUAUUUGGCAAGGCAGAACUAGGUGGACCAACAAUACCAAGAUAUUUAUGUUCAACCUUUUUUAUUCUUCUUUGGAUUGGAUAUUUAACAUUAUCCGGGCUUCAAGCUUAUGGACAUAUUAAAUGGCAGAGUUAA